UUGUGUGUGAUGUCAGUUGCAUCUGUGCAGUGAGAAUUGUUUGAGCGCUACAGUCAGCAGAAGCGCACGCUGUGUUAUUAUCAUGGCUCAGUUUAAAUACUGGAGACGUGUGUCUUCUCUCUUCUAAAACACAGUCUGCAAUUCAGAGUCUGAAUUAGUUUUAUUGAGAACAAACGGGACUCGCUGCCAUCAGUUUGUUUGUCGACUAUCUGACAUUAAUUUAAGGAUUAAAAUGGUCAUCAAGGUUUACAUCGCCUCCUCAACCGGCUCUGUCGCGGUAAAAAAGCAUCAGCAGGCAGUGGUGGGUUUCCUGGAGGCCAAUCGCGUCAGCUUCCAGGAGGUAGACAUCACCAUGCUGGAGGAGCAGAGGCUCUGGAUGUACCGUAACAUCCCCAGAGACAAGCAGCCAGAGAAAGGCAACCCGCUGCUUCCACAGAUCUUCAACGAGGAGCAUUACUGUGGGGACUACGAAGACUUCUUCCAGUCAAAGGAGCACAACACUGUGUUUGCGUUCCUUGGGCUCAGUCCCCAGCCCUCAGUGAAAAAAGAUGAAGCGAGGCAAGAGAAAUCCCGCAACAAGGAUUCUGCGAACAAUAAGAAGUCCGUUUGGACAAUGGACUUCGAAGCCGUGCUGAUGUGUCCAAAAACCCAAGCCAGCUGCCUGUAUUACAAAACGAAACUGCAGGUCCAUAACUUUACCCUCUUCGACUUGAAAACAAAGGAAGGGUAG